GCUGUCACAGAGGUCGUAUAUUGACAAAUUGGUUCAACCGUACCAAAUUCAGACGGUUGGCAACUAUCCAGAAGUGCCAAGAAACCCCUACCAUGAGCUGAAGCCUUUCGACGGCCAGGCCGACGAAGAUACCAAACGACUGUAUCAGAGGAAGGUUGGUAGCGUACUGUACGCAGCGAUAACCUCACGACCGGACGUCGCAGAGGCCGUCUGCAGACUGGCUCAAUACAUAUGUGCUGGCGGUAAAACCCAAUUACUAAAGCACUGAUUGCCGUCGCUCGAAAGAUUAUAUUCAUAGGCUGUACAAAGCGAGGAGAGGUAAAGGAGAUCAACACGCGAUAUAUG